CCAAGGGUAAGCGUAACACUACCAAGAUACUGUCAGUUUAUCAAACUCACCCCAAGAGUCCAUGUGCGUCAAGAACUAGUUAAAGUUAAACGUGAAUAGUGAGUGUCAAAAAUGAAUUCAGGCAGUGGAGUCGACAUGAGCACCCUGAUGUCCCAACACCCUGUACUCGGUGCCAUACCGCCAGCGUUUUUUCUUAGAGCGUCCGAAAGAUAUCAGCGAACACCAAAAUGCGCUCGUUGUAGAAACCACGGAGUUGUGUCUGCUUUAAAAGGCCAUAAAAGAUAUUGCAGAUGGAGGGACUGCAACUGUGCCAAAUGUACGUUAAUUGCAGAAAGACAGAGGGUUAUGGCGGCUCAAGUCGCCUUGAGGAGGCAGCAAGCACAAGAGGAGAAUGAGGCUAGAGAAUUGGGGAUUUUAUUCCCAACUCCACAAACUGUUGUGGAAAGCCAAAACCAAAAUAAUGCUACUUCGCCGACGGUAACCACUUCAUCAGAGAUGUCCAUGAAUAUGCCCAGAAACUUUCCUACGUCAGAUUCUUCAGAAGCUUCCAGUCCAACUCUUAAGAGGCCCAGGGUAAAGGACAACUGUUCCCUGGAGGAAUCAGACUCCGAUCAAGAAGUCGACAUAAAAAGAUCGCGCGAUUCCCCUCAACCAAACCAACCGACACCGUCGCAACCUACCCCUUCCCCCGAACCAGUGACUAGUCCAGAUCCAGAUCUGGACGUGGAAGAUGACACCGAAAGCGAAGUCCCUGAAAAUUUGUCGAUAAAAAAGUCGACAAGUCCAGAAACAGUGGUGGGAAAUAAUGCAAAUUUUAUCCCGUACCAGCAAUUUGGCCAGUUUCCACAGUUCCCUCAUUAUCCAAUGCAGAGGAGUCCAAUUGAUGUUUUAUUAAGGGUUUUUCCUGGCAGAAGAAGAUCAGAUAUCGAAGGAAUCUUACAAAGAUGUAAAGGCGAUGUUCUUCAAGCAAUGGAAAUGAUGGUGAGUGGGUCUCACGAAGAAGUCCAAACCCCAUCAGCCUUCUCGCCUCUAGGCCCACCACCGAAUUUCCACAGAUACUCGCCCUCCAGAAGGUUUUUAUCCGCCCCCUAUGCAGGUACCGGGUACCUCCCCACCGUCAUUAGACCACCCCCGGAUUACCUAUCCAUGGUGACCCCCGUCCAUGACCUCUACAGCAACGAAAAAGCCACGGCAUCGUCGCCAGGGUCCAACACCGGGUCGGAUAAAACGAGCUAUUCUGAAUAGCGAAUGAUGUACCAAGGUGACUAUUAUUACUAAGAUUUUUGGAGAUGAAAUACUGUUUCUCGAAUAAUUAACAUGGUUCCUCGGUCAAAAUCGCGUUUUAAUGUAGUGUUUACAAAAUAAUUUCUCGUACACAGUCAAACAAUGAACAAGCUAAUAACUGAUUUAGAAGCCAAGGGGUUUCGACCCCUGCACUUCAAUUGUGAAUAGAUAGAGAGGGGAGGGGGUGAAAUUUGAUUCAUACAUGUUUCAUAAUUAAAUUCUGAUGCGAUUGUUCGUAGCUUACGAUUGGUCGGGAGGUUUUUUAAUAUAUUGUGUCAAUGAUAUUACCUACUGCUUGCACCUUUUAUCAGAGAAAGGAUGUCUAUUCAAAAUUAAAGUUUAAAAAGGAGUGUAUUGUAUUAUUAUCCGAUCUGUUUGUUGUGUACGCUUCACGGAUUUAAACAUUAUAUACAGG